CUCUCACCCUUGAAAAAGUACAGUCACUGUUCGCAUCUAUUCACUACUGGAGAAUCACCGUAUCGCAUUCACUGCCAAGCGCCACUCCCUUCAAUGGAGUCAUAGAUGCUAUGCUAUGAACACCCAGCCCUUGAAGCUGAACCUCACCAUGCUCCCUCACCGCUUUGUAUCACAACUUCUCGGAUCACUGGGACACGUCACCUAGGCUGUCAAUAUAUAAUAUGGAGUGUGAUAUCUGCGGAAAAUCUGGGGACGUUUCCCUACACUGCAUCACUUGCGCCCGAAGCGCCAUCGAGGUUCCCCGCAUCGAACUCGCGAAAGCCUUAAUAACGCGCGACGCCGUUGGAAAACAUGUACAAGCUGUGAUAGAAGGGUCGAAGGACAAAGCCUUUCAGCAUGUCUCCAUGGCAGACUCCAAAGGUGGCUUUCUCGUGGAUCGAUAUGAAUCUACGCGGAAUCUGGACCUUCAACGGACGAAAGCUGAGACAGUAGAGAUACAAGAACGCUUGUCGCUUAUUUCGAACCAGGCCACGCUCCUACGAAAUCAAAUGGAGGAAACAAGAAAGCAGUUGCAGGCUAAGCGAAGUGUUAUCGCACAGCGGAAGUCCGACUACUCGUCCGUAUCGUAUGGCAUCGACUCUCGCCGAGCAAAUGAACUGGACAAGGUGCAGCAAAAUGUCAGGAGGAUAGACUAUAAGUCCGACAAAGUGCACCAUGAGACCAUAGAAAUGCGACUUUACCUUUGCAGCAUGGCUGCAAAACUGGCUGGUCUUAAGAUGACCCGACGAAGGUCAAAGGAUGGAAGCAUUCGGGAAGUGUUCAAUAUCGGCCCCGGAACACGGCUGCGGAUAUACGAUCUCAGAUACAUACAUGACGCUCCCUCUGAUAGCCUGUCGGCUUCAUUAUGCACCGUUGCCCUUCUGUUAGUUCGUGUAGCAGGCUACCUUGGAGUGCGCCUCCCCGCCGAGAUCACGGUUCCUCACACUGAUUAUCCCCAACCCACCAUAUUUCGACCGUCUGCCUCCUACUUGGGCAAGAAAGUUGCCUUUCCAGGCUCCACCCCGUCACAUUCAUCUACUGCCAGUCCGGAAGCAUCCAAAACUCUUGAAUCUCGAGCCCCACUCCCAAAACCUCGUACUCUGUUCAUCGAUAGACCUUUGCCCCACUUGUCUGCUGAAGAUCCGCAGGCCUAUUCUCUUUUCAUAGAGGGAGUUUCAUUACUAGCAUACAACAUUGCUUGGCUGUGUCGCGCCCAAGGACUGAAAGAUAGCUUCGAUACCUGGGAAGACGUCUGUCCCAUUGGUCGGAAUCUCCAUCGCUUGCUUGUCCUUCAAGAGACCAGGGCGUCUCCCGGGCCUGAAAACCCGCUCGACAAGGACAUCGUCGCGGGGAAGCCUGGUUCACGAAGCCCACCUGCGAGAGCUACGGCUGGCUUUGGAGAGAUGUCGCACGCGACGGCGCAUACGUUCCUGAACAAUGCGGAAAACGUGCAAUACCUAGCGGGUUGGAAACUGACCCCGACGAAGGUCACGGAUGAGCUGAAAGCAUUCCUCUUCGCCGAACAGCAAGCUCAGGAAUGGGAUGUGGUAAACCAGAAGGAAUGGCAAGAUAUGGAGAAUCUCAUUGCCGAGGACCCUGUCGUGAUUGGAGAUAAGCGGCGAGAUGGCGCGGGGUUAGACGAUGGGCGAAGCUUCCUCACGGCAGCGAGUACCCGGAUCGGAUAUGCGCAGACGGAUGACGGGACGGAGGGGAUCAAAGCGGAAGAAAGGAAGAAGGGAGUAAGCGGAUGGACGAAACUCAAGAGCAGGAAUGAGGACACCAUCAAGGAGACCAGGGCUCGCACAAAUAGUGUUGUAGAAUAGAGGAAGGGCGUCGUAGAUAUACGCCAUACAAUAGAUACACAAUAGAAGCAUAGCUAUAUUAGGCACUCCUGUACAUGUAGUAC